AUGUCCCAAAGCGGCGCGGUUGUCCCUGCUCGUCCUUCCCUGAUGCAGGGUCUCCCCGCUGGAUACGCUGUGCGGGUUUUUUCCCAACUCGAGCGACUCCAAGCCGACGCGGGGAGGAUCCUACAGUUGCUCCAAGAAAAUAAAGAUGGAAACCAGUGGCUCGUUGUCCUCGGUCUGUCGACAUCAACAAUCCGAAAAUUGGACGACGACCACAGUAGUCUGGGAGGCGUGGAAUACCGCUUCCAGUGGGAAGGAUCUACAGGCCUCAUCAAGGUGGUCCCAUCCCACACCCACGACAUGACCACAGAUCAGGUCACCAGGUCCAUCGACGACAGACUUUCUGCAAUGAGAAUCCGUUCCACUGAUAGGAAGUGGGCUGCAACUUCCACCUACAAACCCACCCCCACCGAAGGUAAGCAGGGCGAUCAAGCUUUUAUUCCACCAUCUCGGUGUUCUUCCCCCGAGCGACCUGCGGGCUGGCCCACCUUUGUUAUCGAGACUGGCAUGUCCGAGUCCCUCCCUCGACUCCGGGAAGACGCGAAGUGGUGGCUCGCCGCUUCGAGUGGGGAUGUGCGGAUCGUACUCGUUAUCAGUAUCAAGAGGACCAGCGUCUACUUUGAAAAAUGGCAAUUGGCUCCAUCGAAUGCUCCGCGCCCUCUCACCCGGGCGUACAUCGAUACCCUACGCCUUCAAGGCCCCCACAUACCCCCUCUCUUCCAGCAGCCAGCAACGAUCCAGCAAGCAUACUCUGCACACGAAGUUGAGGUAACCCCCACUGGGAUUGAGGGGGCUCCUAUGAUUCUCCCGUUUGCUGCGUUGUAUGACCGAGACCCCGGACGUGGGGAAGUUGAUGUUGUCCUCGAUCCUCAAGACUUUCGGGACAUCACCAGUAUCCUAUUUUAA